AGUGUCGUUUUCAAGGAGGCGGGCAACAAGGAUCCUGUCACGAUGAUGAUCAGCAUGUUCCUGCAAUUCUUUGAUAUAGGAGUAGAUGUUGCAUUGCUCUCACAGAUAUGGAGUUCGUAAUAUGGAUGAAAGUGCUGGGGCUAUUUGUCGAGCUGCAUUUGGAACACCGGAAGUUCAUGUCGUUAUAAUCCUUGCGCAUAACGGUCCAACAGGUCUUGGUUCUCAGGCUGAGGAUAUAUGUGGAAGAGACUGGACUGACCAAGGUGGUGACCAGGGUGAUCCAAAUCUAGAGCACGCACUACGCCAGUUGAAAGAGACGACGGAACUGUCUGUUCCUUUAGUUGUGUUUGGACACAUGCAUAAGGAGCUUGAUGGUGGGAAAGGAAACCGUAAAAUGGUUGUGCAAGAUAGUGACAACAAAAUUGUUUAUGUGAAUGGUGCAAUAGUCCCGAGGGUUAAAGAGACGCCGGUUGGAGCAGCAGAGGAGCUUGAGAGUGGUGGCACGAUAAGAGCUUUUACGUUGGUGGAGAUUUUAGAUGGAAAGAUCAAGAAAGUAGUAGAUAGUUGGGUACAAGUAGUCGGAAGUAUGGUAAAGAUUGUGGAGGAAGAAACAUUGUUCGAGGAUGUAACUUGAUUUAGUGUUGUUCACUUGUUUGCUCAACAAUUAUGCGGUUCUACAAGAUGUUUUCUACCAUUUAAGUAAGUAACCAAUGAAAAUUGCAGAGGAAUGUUUAAGAAACUCAGAAACCAAAUAAG